AUGGCCCGAUUAGAUGUGUUUUUCCUAAUUUCUACAUUCUAUCUUCAUACAGAGCAUCCAUGGCUCCAAAAUGCUAAAAAGGCCCCAAAUGUCCCACUAGGAGAUGUUGUGAAGUCAAGGCUAAAGCAAUUUUCAAUGAUGAACAGAUUCAAGAGAAAAGCCUUGAGGGUUAUUGCCGAAUUCUUAUCCAGUGAAGAAGUAGAAGACAUUAAAGAAAUGUUCAAGAAGAUGGAUGUUGAUAAUGAUGGUAUUGUUUCCAUUGAAGAGUUGAAAGCUGGACUUCGAAAUUUUGGUUCCCAGCUUGCAGAAUCAGAAGUUCAGAUGCUUAUUGAAGCUGUGGACGCUGGUGGUAAAGGAACAUUGGACUAUGGGGAAUUUGUUGCUGUUUCUCUCCACCUUCAAAGAAUGGCAAAUGACGAGCAUCUUCACAAGGCUUUCUCCUAUUUUGACAAGGACGGCAAUGGUUACAUUGAGCCAGAUGAGCUGAGGGAUGCUUUAAUGGAAGAUGGAGCAGAUGAUUGUACUAAUGUAGCAAAUGACAUAUUCCAAGAAGUAGACACAGAUAAGGAUGGGCGAAUCAGCUAUGAUGAAUUCGCAGCAAUGAUGAAAACUGGAACAGAUUGGAGAAAGGCAUCCCGCCAUUACUCCAGAGGGAGAUUCAACAGUCUGAGCAUGAAGUUGAUGAAGGACGGUUCUCUGAACUUGGGGAGUGAACAGAACAUAUAAAGGUGUGUUUUCAACUCAUCUAUGGAAGAAAAGAAA